AUUCUGCUAAAGUUCUUACAGAGAUCUUUAAGGUCUUUCAGACGUCUUAUGUCCCGAUUAUAGGCACGUGUCCUGGUACACACUGACGACCAGUGGCAUCUCCCCGCUCGCACAGCGCGUGAUACGCCCGCAUACAUCCCUGAUUUGUGUCCUGCUUUGCCGCCAUUCGACCAGGAUCGCUGUCAAAGCGACGUUUCCGUGCGUGCGAGAUGCAAAUGUCGCGCACAUUCCUCUCGUUGUUCGUCAUUAUUGUGUGCACCGAGUGCGAAGGAACGUCGUCAAGGUACGGUGCUGCGCUCGAACAGUGUUCGGGCUUCAACGUCGCGAGUUCAACCCUUUCUGCGAUCGUUCGGCGAGCUCAGACGCGAAGUCCUGUAAAGUAAAACGAUUUCUGCCAAUUUUGCUGGGACUCAACGGGAUAUUAGACGAGAACGGGGAUAGGGAAGAAGCAGCGUUCAUCUUCGGAGGGUCCGAUUAGCGAGAGAAGAGGAAAACGGGAGGACGAUUCGCGCCGAUGUGUAGCGAGUUGCGCGAUAGGUUAGGUUAGCACCAUUGUUCCGCGCUACUCGCACGACGUUUUGAUCUCGCCGACGACUCUCCGGGGCAGCAUGCUAUCGCGCAAAAACAAGGACCUGAGGACGAUCAAGGAGGGCGUGGAAGGGAGGUACGUGAAGAAGGAAACGCCACCCGAGAUGCCGAUUAUCAACGUAUGGACAACAGAACCGAACAAAAGAACGAGACGGCGUAACAAUCAUCCGGCGAUGCCGAGCUCCAUGUCCGUCCCUCAACAGCCCAGUAUGGUACAAAAAUUCGGAAACACGAAAACUACCCCGAGUGCCGUUGGUCUCGGUAGCCACGAGGGCAAGUACACGCCGAACAGUUCCGUUCCGGACUUAGCCCAAAGGUUCGCUAGUCUUUCUGUUAACACGGGAACGAACGACGGUAUGCCCUCGAGGACCGCGACACCCAUGUACCAUGCCGAACUGUCGCCCGCGAUGUCUCACACAUAUAUCAAUCAAUAUGCUGGCUCCGAGUACCAUUUGGACAGGGUUCAGACACCACAGAUGCCUUACAUGUCCUUCGACGUCGACACUGGUUACGAAGACUAUAAUCGUUCCGCGUACCGCCAGAAUGCUGGCUACAGUAGAUGCCACUCGGAGAGAUCGAGUUCUCGGAGUGAACAACAGGAGGAAUUGCCCUUGCCUCCUGGAUGGUCAGUCGACUUCACGCUCCGUGGUCGGAAAUAUUACAUCGAUCAUAAUACGAAGACUACGCAUUGGUCGCAUCCGCUCGAGAAGGAGGGCCUACCCACUGGCUGGGAAAGAAUCGAGUCGCCCGAGUACGGUGUUUACUACGUCAAUCACAUCACGCGUCAAGCGCAGUACGAGCACCCCUGUUACCCACACGAGAUGCAAGCGGUGCGCGUAGUGUCACCACCGCGACACACUCAUUUUCACUCUCACAGUGUCCUGGUGCCGGCUAAUCCGUAUCUCAACGAGGAGAUACCGCAUUGGCUGUACGUCUACAGCAGAGCCUCGAUCGCACUAGAUCGUAAGCUACGUUGGGAACUCUUCCGACUGCCAGAAUUGGAUUGUUUCAAUGCAAUGCUCACUAGGCUAUAUAAGCAAGAACUGGAAGAAGUCGUGAUGCGCUACGAAGAAUACAGAUCUUCGUUGUUGUGCGAGAUGGAUCAGAGAUUGAAAGAAUUGAGACCGGAAUCAAGUGGUUCUAACGCUGGCGCUGUCGCAUUACGAAGAUCUCUUCCUUGACACGAUGAUCUGUA